AUUGAGAGCUUCAUGGGUCGUGUAUGGCGUGUUGCCAAGCUUCGCUCGUUGUAGGCCAUGGUUGAUUGUGGACCGGGAUGCAGCCCAUUAUAUGCUUGGACUACCGACUGGGAUUGAGGUUGCAGCUUGGACUUGGCAGACGGGUCUUGUGAUAGGACUGGAUGCGGAUUGGGCCCGCACGGAGGUCUUGGCUCAGAUGGUCUUGGAAGCUGAACGCUUUGUAGGUGACGGAUUUGAGAGGUAGGCCGCCUUGAGACAUAAUGCGGGCUUAGCAGCUUUGGGAAGGCGCGCGGAAU